AUGAAUUUGGGCGUUUCGCUGCGUUUGAUACAAUACGUUGAGACCGGGCUCCCUUUCCCCUUCGAAUCUGACGAAUCAAAGUGGGAAACACAGUCCUUGCUGCCGUUCAAAUUUAUUGAAUGCUUUCAAUGGAUGACAAAAAAGGUCUAUCAGGAUACUACUUUAGAUAUCAAGGUUUACUUUACCAGUGUUUCCAGUAGUUUUGGAACAAGUGUUGAUACAACUCUUGGUUAUAUUCAAUUUCACAUAUUUCCAACCCACAACAGGUUGUGCCAGCUAAUUUGCACCUUUCCCAAAAGGGUGUAUGUUCCAUAGCAAGGGUGGUUUGAUGAGUUUUGGCCAUCCAAUGAACAAAAGGCAAUCCCAAGGGUGGAUAGUGAAGGCGAGAUGUGUGGGCCUAAUUUUAAAGAGGACACUUAAUCUAGGGGUACUGAAACUAAUUGGACACAAUGGGAUGAUCAUUGUUGAUUGUGAAUCAUGAUCAAUCAUCAAGGUCCCAUUUUACAUCAACUUUUUUUUUUGUCUCCGAGAUCCUAUUUUACUUCAACUUUUUGUUUGUUUCUAGAAUCUUCGAUGAGGUAUUGGAAGGUUGGUUUUCAGAAUAUAUGUUAUACAACCUCAGUGGUUCAGAUAAAACUAAUAUGUUUAAGGGGAGGGGUAAUCAAUCACAUUACCCAUUUUGACACUUUUGGUCAUUGCAAUCAAUAUUUUUAUAUUUUUUUGGAACCUUUUAAUAUUUAAAGUAAACUUUUACAUUUUUUGUCGGGGG